UUCAUUCUCAGACCGACCUCUCCAUUUUUUCUACUCUUCGUUAUAUAUACACCCUAUAUAUGCAUUCACGUUCUCUCUCUCUCUCUCUCUCUCUCUCUCUCUCUCUCUUCCUUGUCUUCAAAGAAACGAAUUGAAACUCAGUUAACUGUUUCCCGCUUUCCUCAUCCUCCUUCAGAAUCUCUUCCUUUUCUCAACUUGUCCUCUGCUUUUCUCCACCUUUCUCACCCCCUCUUGCCUUCCUGGGUCCUCCAAAUAUUUCACCCUCUUUUUAUUUCAGCUCAGAGUUGCUAAAAAGGCCUCACCUUUGGCCUUAUUUUCUCUUUAAAACCUUCAAAACUUCUCUGGGUUUUGCUUGGGAAGAACAAAAUAAGAUUUUUCUCGGAUUCUCUUCGAUCCUCAAAAGUGGAGUCUUUCUGGGAUUCUUUAGUUGAUGCUAUUGUGAAAAGAAAAGGAGGGAGAUUCUUGAUUCCCAGUAAAAGAUUCUGAAUUCAUUGCCCUUUUAAGCCAUUGCAAGACUUCAAUCUCUGUGUCUCUCUCCCUCUGUUUUUCUAGUCUUAAAGCAGCUCUGCUUUGAUGUCUCAGAAAUGAGUGUGUAAGAAAAGGCAGCUUUUUUUUGGAUAUUGAUCGAGCAUGCAAACUCUGUACCCAGCUUCAUACAUGGAUGAUACUAAUUGGAUUGUCCAAGAGAGCCAGAGUUCAGAUUGGACCAAAGAAGAGAACAAGAAAUUUGAGAGUGCUCUGGCCUUUUACGAUGAGACAACGCCGGACCGGUGGGAUAAGAUUGCGAAGAUGAUACCGGGGAAGACGGUUUACGAUGUGUUCAAGCAGUACAAGGAGCUGGAGGAUGAUGUCAGUAACAUAGAAGCAGGGCUGAUCGAACUUCCAGGGUACCACCAGGCGUCUUCUUUCACAUUGGAGUUGGUGGAUGAUCGGAACUUUGAUGCCAACAGAAAGAGGUCUGCAGGAGCUAGAGGAUGUGAUCAGGAGAGGAAGAAGGGGAUUCCUUGGACUGAAGAUGAGCAUCUGCGGUUUCUGAAGGGACUACUAAAAUAUGGGAAAGGAGAUUGGAGAAGUAUCUCUAGGGACUUUGUUGUGUCUAAAACUCCGACGCAAGUUGCUAGCCAUGCUCAGAAGUACUUUAUGAGGCAACACUCAGGAGGAAAAGAUAAAAGGAGACCUAGCAUCCAUGAUAUAACUACUGUCAACCUCACGAGCACCACCACUACUAGUCCAUCACUAAAUAAUAAUAGGCCUCCUUUAGACCAGUCUCCACCACCAGAGCACAAUAAGAAAUCUACUGAAUCACCAGGAGUCGUACUUGACUGGAAUCUUAUGCCAAAUGAUGGAGUAACAGGUGCUAUGAUCUUUGGCGCAACACACGGCGAUCUUUUUGAGUCAUCGUCUCCAUAUGAUGUUGGAUCUCCAGAUGACCUUAAGCUACAUUGGCAGAAACUAUAUGCCAGUACCACUCGUUAUGCUGCUGCUCAUGCUAGACCACCGAGUUCGCUGUAUCUAAUGCAGACCUCAAGACAUCAGAUACAUGGAUGAAACUCAUGGAUGGAAGAUCCAAGUAAAUAAUCUUUUGCAUAAUUUCAGUGUUGGUCCCUUUAGUGGUAGUGUGUGAUUUAGCAUAAUAAGGAUUUGAGUCGUUGCAUAAUGCUUGAGCAUUGCUGAAUGAUGAAAAAAUAUCCAGUAGUUCUCAAAGUGUCUGUCCCAACUGUACAAUUGAAAUGAAUGAUAAACCUUGCACUUCCCUUUCAGGGUCUUCAUGUUGA